CCAAAGGAUCCUAAACUCGCUAGCUACGGGCUCCGGCGCAAUCGAGAGCCUCCUCUCCUUUUACGUUGCGGGGCGCUUGUCAUGCGCAUCCACGUCCCUCAGCUGAAAACCCAUUCGCCGGCCACGGCGACAAGAUCCUCCCCCCAUUUAUACGCACAGCUCGCUCCAUCCUCAGCAGAGAUCACACACAUACAUACACUGAUACAAGCAUCCAUCGCCGAUCGCAUGAGCGUUGCACAGGCAACUCGACCAGAUCGACCGAUCCCUCGCGGUUAGCCGGAGCGAUGCCUUGCUUGGCGCACGAGUACCACCCCAGGCUCCCGGCCGCUAACCACUGCAAGUCCCUCUCCUGCCUCAUCCGGGAGACCUACGCCCACUGCCAUGUCCCCUGCCUCAGGACCCCCGGCGCCCGGUGGAGCUCCGACGACGACAGCGACGACGACGACGACAUGCUCGACACGAAACAGGUGAUACUCAACGAGAUGAGGAGGCGGCAGCUGAGGAAGGAGUCGCGGUGCGGCGCGGGCUCGCCGACUCUGUCCAGCGCCUUCGUGUGGUCCUUCACCCCGCUCGUUCUGGAGAAGGUGUCCAGCCCUGAGAAGUUCGUCGUGGUGGAAGGGGGGCAGAAGGGAGAGGCGGAGGCGGGCAGCGACGACGGCGACGCCGAGAGCGAGGCCUUCUUCUCGGUGAAGAGCUUCUUCACGCGCAGCACGAGCCGGGCGGCGACCGUGGCGUCGUUGACGGACAUGGGCCCGCCGGCGACGUGGGAGGGCUUCCGGGACUGCGAGGGGUGGCCGUUCGGGCUGUGCCGCCGCCCCGCCGUGCCGCCGCUGCCCAGCACGCCGGCCGACUCCUGGCAAUGGCGAAAGCAGAGCAGCGGCCGCAACCUCGCCGUCGCGACGAGCCCGCGCCCUGCAUACGGUCACAAGAUCACAGCGACUUGAGCGACGCCGCCGUUGACAAGCAAGAACCUUAAUGCCCUGGGUUGGAUUGGGUACAAAUUCUGCGUGCUCUCGGGUAUUCAGUUCAAAUUUGAGCUGAAUACUGGGCGCACACAGAAAUCACAGUCACGUUGAGACGGUUUCAGAGUGUUGUAAGUGGUCUCGUUGUCUCUUCUCCUUGGAAGAAUCUGCGGUUUAUCUCCAAGUGUUCGAGUGAUCGUAAUCUCCAUAACUCACACGCAUGUACUUUCAGUGCACUAGUUUCCUUGGUGAAUUUGCUUUCCGGCUCCCUCUGCUGUAUCUUCUGAAAACGGCUUUCUAUCCAUGCAGUACGGUGAACUGUAGAGGCACAAACUAAAGCGAAGCAGGAGCGCACUUGCGCGCGCACGGUUGGCUAACUUCACUCGACGACUUGUCAGAUGACAUGACAUGACCAAAAGGGAAAGAGAACGGGAUGCCAAAGCGGCGGCAUCCGGGGAGGGACCGGCGGGGCACUCCGGCGCUCCACUGCGGUCGACAUUGUCGACAAUGCUGCGGCCUACGGCCAUCGGGCGAUGAUAUCGGAAUCCUGAUCCGGCGAGACCAAAUCCGGGCAAAUCGAUACGGUGUUGUACUGCGGAGUGUGUCAGAAUGCAGAGAGCCGGGUAAUGUGUGGGACUGUGCACGAGUCAGAGAGCCGACGGCCACAGCUUGGAUCGUGGGGCGAGGACUGAAGAUCAAGUAGCUCUGGUCACGGUGAACCUAAGACUGGACCCUACAAGAAAAAAAAAACACUGUCCAGAAGGCCUUACACAACAACAUGGAUUUCCACUUGCCGAUCUCCCCGCCAUGAGUGGAGAGUGCGUUGAUCUA